ACUAGCUCUACCGUGACAUACUAGUUGAGCUAGAUCCUAGUACCGUCCUCCGUGUUUCUGUCUUCCGCCGCCGCCACUGGUCCUGUCUUCAGAGUCCAGACAGUUUGACAUGCUUCCUCGUUUGUCACAUCCUGUGGCCUGACAGCAACCCCACCCGUUCUCUGGAUUUCUCUAGUAUGCCCCUGCCACUUAAUCAAAUGACAGCAUCCCCGAGCCAGGAACGAGGGCCUAGGCAUGGCUGCAGCUGCAGGGUUUCGAACGCGAUUCUGAGUGGCGCAUCAAACCAAGUUUUUCUAUAUGCUAGUGCAUUUGACUCCCUCAUCUUUUACCUCGUCGUAGUAGCUGUCAUCAGUCCCACUCCGAGUCCCUAUCAGUCAUCCCUACCUACUUCCUUUAUACUUGCGGUUCUGGUUUCAGGCCUCUGCACUGUCCGUCUUGUCACGUCUUGCAUUCUCGUUAGGUUCCAGAACGGAUGACAGACACGGCGACACCAGUCUUGAGUGUGUCUGCUGUCAGCCACGUCUUCCCGUGCCUUGGAUGUCAUCUCGAUCCCUUAGCUUCUACUAGUUGAAGCCAGCCCU